UCAAUUCAAGGGCUUUAUUGGCAUGGGAAACAUGUGUUAACAUUGCCAAAGCAAGUGAGGUGGACAACAUACAAAGUGAAUAUAUAAAGUGAAAAACAACAAAAAUUAACAGUAAACAUUACACAUACAGAAGUUUAAAAACAGUAAAGACAUUACAAAUGUCAUAUUAUAUACAAUGUAUACAAUGUACAAAUAGUUAAAGGACACAAGAUAAAAUGAAUAAGCAUAAAUAUGGGUUGUAUUUACAAUGGUGUUUGUUCUUCACUGGUUGCCCUUUUCUCGUGGCAACAGGUCACAAAUCUUGCUGCUGUGAUGGCACACUGUGGAAUUUCACCCAAAAGAUAUGGGAGUUUUUCAAAAUUGGAUUUGUUUUCGAAUUCUUUGUGGAUCUGUGUAAUCUGGGGGAAAUAUGUCUCUCUAAUCUCCGUCGCAGUUAGAGCAGAUUGAUAUGGCCACUGGUAGUUAAUUCUGACGUCCGUAUACUUCGAUAAUAAACUAUCAUUGUGAAAAUCGUGGCUCUUGGAACGAUACUGUUCGUUGUCCCAGCGCAACAGCAGUCUCUCGAAUGCAGCGCAUGAAUAUUAUCUCUAGCAUGCCACUUCGGAAGUAGGUCACCGUUUUACCAUGUCUCAGCUCUAUUGGGUGCUCGUUUUAUAUCACAAUUACACGUCGACACUGUUCAUCAUUUAUAAAAAGGUGUAAUUUGAAGUAAGAGUGGACUCAAAUCGACCAUCUAUCGUGACCUAAGGGUCUGUAUGAAGGGAUGUGAUGACCCAUGCACGACAGAAGGACUCUCUGAGCAGAUACCAGCCCGGUAACUCCUGGGAGCAGUUCGGGGGGGUGCCACAUGCUGAGGCCAUGGUGGGAGUCUGGCCUGAUCGCCCAAAACUAAAAAGAGGGAGGCCCAAGAAGAUCAAGAGGGGCAGAGCGAAAGAGCGCAAUGAUCUGAGAGUGGUGGAGAAGAAGGAGGAGGAGAAGGACAGGAAGCUGUACCCUCUCAGGGCCAGGACACUGGAUCAAUGUGAGGGGGACACCCUCAACUGUCGCGUCUUUCUCACCCGUCUGGAGGAGAGUGGUGAUGAGGACAAGGCGAGCUGCUUGAAGGGUCGAAUAGAAACCAAAGAGGAAGGGAGCCAUAACCUGGUGCGUGGAAGGACCAAGCCCUGCAAGUCUAGACAAAAGACCUUCAAAGCUUAUCAGAAAUUGCCGGAAAUAAACAAACAAUUAAAAUUGUUAUGCACAUUACCUGUUGUGGAGCCUCUCAAACGGAGACUAGCCUCUCUGAAUGCGGAGGCUGUGAAUAGUCUGCUCUUACAUAGAGAAUAUCCUCAAGGGGCCAGACUCAUAAAGAAGCUACAGUCCAAUGGGAAUCUGGCAAAAGAUGCAGUAAUUUUGGGACACAACACCCCAAGGGGUCCUAAAGUGUCAAAAUCAGACAUUUAUGUAACUGAAAGUUCCAAACAAAACAAAAAGUCUAUGAAGAUGGAGGACAUGGAUCUGCUGAGUCUGUACGGUCCUACCCCCCGGCGUCAGGCCAGUCUCAACGCUGCUGCUUUGCUCAAGAUCACCAGCACCUCCUUCAAAGCCAAACACCGGGUGGCUAAGACGAACUGCAAGCAACUGAGUGCAGUACUGAGGACCAAACAGUCGCUGCACCCCAAGCUAAAGAAACAACAGUAUCAUAAACUCCAACACGGGAAAUACCAGACCCAUCCACACCUGGUUCAGAAAAGCUGUAAUCUCUAUAAGAGGGAGUCAUUCUACCCCGAACCCCAGUGGGAGGGGAUUACAGGGGGGAAUGGCUCCAUCAGAUCUGACUUCCAGUGUCGAGCCUUGCUGGGCUACCCGAUGAAGUCUGUGAAGGAGGAACAGGUCAAGACGCAGUUGACUCCUUCUUUCUACUGCUGCUCCCAAGAAAGGUCAGUGGAGUAUUGCCACCAACUGGCCCUGUUCCUCAACCAGAAGAGCUUCGGUGAAGACAAACUUGAGGAGCGUUCGCUCUCCAAUAGCUACCUCCCCUCUCCCCAUUCCCUGGCCCACCCACAUGCCCUAACCAUAUGCCCCCACCCUUACCCGUGUUUCUUGGGCUACUACGUCCACUUUUCUCACCAUGAAACCUCCUCUACCCUCAUGACCUCCGUGAGCUCCAUCCCCAUGCCCUACCCUCCCUCCUCUGUGGCCCCCAUCCUGUUGAGCGAGGCUCCACAACAGGGCUCUCUACCCUCAGGAAUCGCCCACCCGGUCUACUGUUAUGGAGAAUCCUGCCAAAUCAGUGGAUACGCAUAUAGAGCAGUACCGACGCUAGCCAGCAGGUGCUGUUAUAACGCAGGCUGCUCCAGCUGCAGCCACAAGAUUAAGAUGGAAGACUACUCCUCGUCUCUGGAGGACCACAGCUCCUCCUCUGUCCCAGCCUCCCCCGCACCCCGGCCCCUCUCCGGCUGCCCCGCCAGCCCCAGCACUCCCCCAGCUGCCCAAUCAGUGGCCUGCUUUCAGACCUCUCUAUCAGACCCCAGCCAACUGCAGGUCCCGCUGCAGGUGGUCCGGGAGUGCCCUCAGAGUGCCAAGCCACCCAGCAGCUCUCUGUCUGGGGUGAGCAGCGGCUCGUGUUCCGUCUGCCCCCACAUUCAAGACAAGCAGCAGCUGGGGCCCGCCGGCCUCGCAGCCUGCAGAGCUGCCAAGCAGCAGAGGUUCACCCGUCGCCGGGCAACCAAUGGUUGGCUGCCCGUGGGCAUGCCCUUCGAGAGGGAGGUAUUCACUGUGGGGGAAGAGACAACAGUGUUGCGCAAAUGUUUUGAAGGGGUCACGCGGGAUGGGGAGGUCAUUUGGGUUCGAGACACAGUCCUGCUGCGCUCUGGCCCCAGGAAGAAGUAUCUGCCCUACAUAGCCAAAAUCUCAGCCCUAUGGGAGGACUCAGAAUCCGAAGAGAUGAUGAUGAGUCUGUUUUGGUACUACCGCCCAGAACACACACAGGGAGGCCGCAAUCCCAGCACACACUGUGAGAAUGAGAUUUUUGCAUCUCGUCAUCAGGACCAGAACAGUGUGGCCUGCAUUGAAGACAAGUGCUAUGUUUUGACGUUAGCACAGUACUGUAGAUUUUGUGCCUUCGUGAAAUGUCGCGGGAAGGGUCUCCCUGAAAGUGCCACCAGAAUGGUACGGCCUUGUGUUGAAUACUCUGCCCACCGCUGUGUGCCCACGGACAUCGACCCCAACCUGGUGUUCGUCUGUCGCCACGUCUACGACUUCCGCUACGGGCGCAUCCUGAAGAACCUGCAGUAGCACUUGUGAGGACAGUGGUAGAAGGAAGGAAUAUUAAACAGUGAAAGAAGAGGUUAAAAAUACACUAUUUUGUUCUUUGCUCAGAAUCCUCACCAAAAGCGCCAGUUGAGACAGACCAAGCCACUCUGUUUUGAGAGGGGUGUGAGAUGUCAACAGUUUUAGGCUGAGUAAGUCUCGAUGUCUGGAAGUGUUUUUGCUCAAUGUCUCUCUUUCUCUCUCUCUCUCUCUCUCUCUCUCUCUCUCUCUCUCUCUCUUCUCGCAAGUCCUGUGGGUCACAAUUGUUCAAUGAGGAAAUGUUUUUUAUCAUCCCAAGCACAAAUCCCCUUUUUUGUUUUUACUACUUUGCCAAAUGAUGAUUUUAUUUUUGCUUCAUCCCAUUCCUUUGCCUAUAAAUAUGUGGGUUAGUAGUCACGUUUCGUGUUGAUAGAUGGUACGAGUUAAGACUUGUUUUGGAUUUAACGGGAUGACUCAUAAAUUAAAUGAAGGCUUAACACUUUUAUCUGUAAUGAUUUAGUCUUGAAUUUAAAUUUUAAUUGGCUUAAGUGCAUAGAGAAAUAUGUAUUUAUAUAUGGAGAAAAUGUCAUUUAUUUUUGAAGUAAUUUAAGAGUGAAUUAUUUAGACUUUUCAAAACGAGAAAUUAUCCAGGCGUUUGCCAACACUGACUCGCUGUCUGCACUGUCUUAGAGGUAAAGUACCUGUGAAUCCCAAACCAGCCCCUCGCCCUUACCAACUCACUCAGAGGUGCCCUUCGUUGUCAUGCCCUCCGUUGUCAUGGGCUGCUGAAGAAAUUCCUAGGGGGACUUCUAGAGUGGAGAGGUGAUGAAAUAAACCCAUCAACUUUGGUACACACUUGUGACUUGAAUCGUGCAAUUCAUGUUUCACAUUUAAAUAAUAAUUUAAAUAAUUAUAUGAGCAGGAAAUUCUAAUGAACAAAUUCCCCUUGUUGUCUUAGAAGAUAUAAACCUCAGUAACAGUUAACAGAUUACAUAGAAUUUUUUAGGUAAUUUAUUUGGUAUUUGCUCAAAAUCAGACAUGAAUUAAUGCAUAUUCGCGCAAACUCCAAACAUAUUGCGCUGCGUGUUGUGGCUAUCACUUUGAUAAUUUUAACUCCCUCAGUUUUGGACAAUUGUGCAUAUGGCGGGGGCGUGCAUGAACGUGCAAAUGAAGGGCAGAAAGGAAAGGACUGUUUUUUUUAAUUCAGCAUAUGAAUGACCGAUGACUCUUAACUGGAAGGGCCACCCCAAGAUAAUGGUUUUGCCCUACUACCCAGCCUUGAAUUGACCAAUGAACAAGUGUUCAUUGCCCUUGAGCAAGGUAGUUAACCCCCAACAAUAACUGCUUCCUGGGCGCCGAUGACGUCGAUUAAGGCAUCCCCUGUGGAAGACACAUUUCGGUUGAAUGCAUUCACUUGUGCAAUUGACUACUUUCCAAGAAAAGUAGGACAACAUUAUUGUUAUUUUAUGUAUUUUUUAAAUGACAUUUUUUUCUGGUAAAUUCUGUUAAUUGAUAACAAAUGGAUUUACCAAAAAGGGAAUAGAAGGAGUGUAAAAUGUCAAAUUCAACUUAUUCCCCGGUGUAGAAAAGUUUUAGCAUGGAGUUUCUGGGAAUUCUUGGAAAGGAUAUUCAUAGCACAGAGUGUUUGUAUCAUAUAACAUGGAACUGUGUAAUAUAAAACAAUAUUUAAAUGGAA